GGUAUGUGACAGCCUAGGCAAUGUUAACGGUACAAUAAUGUAGAUACAUCUCCACUUAGUUCUUAUAUAUAUACAUACAAUCCUUCUUUCAUUUCAUUUAUAGAUACAAACAGUCCCAAAAGACUAAAUCUCUGAGCAAAAGCUAGCUUAGCAACAAUGAGUUUGUUGAAAGCAGUUUUUGUUUGGUGUAUAUGUUUAGGAUUAUUUGAGUUAUCAUUAGCAAAAGGGAAAUCACACUACAAGUUUGAUGUGGAAUACAUAUACAAAAAGCCAGAUUGUAAAGAGCAUGUUGUGAUGGGAAUCAAUGGCCAAUUUCCAGGCCCAACUAUUAGAGCUGAAGUUGGUGACACUCUUGUUAUUGACCUCACCAACAAGCUCCAUACAGAGGGAACUGUUAUUCACUGGCAUGGAAUCAGACAGUUUGGAACUCCUUGGGCUGAUGGAACUGCUGCAAUAUCUCAAUGUGCUAUAAAUCCAGGAGAAACUUUUCAAUACAAAUUCAAAGUUGACAGGCCUGGUACAUAUUUCUAUCAUGGACACUAUGGUAUGCAAAGAGCAGCAGGGUUGUAUGGUUCUCUAAUAGUGGAUUUACCAAAGAGCCAAAGAGAGCCAUUUCAUUACGAUGGUGAGUUCAAUCUGCUCCUUAGUGAUCUGUGGCACACAAGUUCACAUGAACAAGAGGUUGGCCUCUCUUCUGCCCCAAUGAGAUGGAUUGGUGAACCACAGAGCUUGCUCAUCAAUGGACGAGGACAGUUCAAUUGUUCCCUAGCAUCUAAAUAUGGGAGCACCAACCUACCCCAAUGCAAUUUGAAAGGUGGUGAAGAAUGUGCACCCCAGAUUCUUCACGUGGAGCCAAAAAAGACCUAUAGAAUAAGGAUUGCUAGUACAACGUCCUUGGCUUCUCUCAACUUGGCCAUUUCAAAUCACAAACUUAUUGUAGUGGAAGCAGAUGGAAACUAUGUGCACCCAUUCGCAGUCGAUGACAUCGACAUCUACUCAGGUGAAACCUACUCAGUCCUCCUUACAACAGACCAAGACCCUAAAAAAAACUACUGGCUUUCAAUCGGAGUUAGAGGUAGAAAACCAAGCACACCACAAGCCCUAACAAUCCUUAACUACAAACCACUCUCUGCCUCAGUUUUCCCAACAUCACCACCACCAGUCACACCAUUAUGGAACGAUACCGAUCACAGCAAAGCAUUCACAAAACAAAUCAUUUCCAAAAUGGGAAAUCCACAGCCACCAAAAUCCUCACACCGCACUAUUCACCUCCUCAAUACACAAAACAAAAUCGGUAGUUUCACUAAAUGGGCUAUUAACAAUGUUUCAUUAACAUUGCCAACAACACCUUACUUAGGAUCAAUUAAAUUUAACCUAAAAAAUACAUUUGAUAAAAAUCCACCACCAGAGAGAUUUCCAAUGGAUUAUGACAUAUUUAAAAAUCCAGUGAAUCCAAACACAACUACCGGCAAUGGUGUUUACACGUUCCAGUUGAAUGAGGUUGUUGAUGUGAUACUACAAAAUGCAAACCAGUUAAAUGGGAAUGGUAGUGAAAUUCAUCCAUGGCAUUUGCAUGGACAUGAUUUUUGGGUUUUGGGAUAUGGUGAAGGGAGAUUUAGACCAGGAGUUGAUGAGAGAAGUUUCAAUUUGACACGUGCACCUUUGAGGAACACUGCAGUUAUAUUUCCAUAUGGUUGGACUGCACUAAGGUUUAAGGCAGAUAAUCCUGGUGUUUGGGCAUUUCAUUGUCACAUUGAACCACAUUUGCAUAUGGGAAUGGGUGUUAUUUUUGCUGAGGCUGUUCAUAAAGUUAGGAACAUACCUAAAGAAGCUCUUAAAUGUGGUGCUACAGCCUAGAUGUUCCUAAUGACAUUCAAAAUUGAGUCUAGUUAAUUAUUUAUGCCAACCAUUAAUUUCAUAUGAGUGUUUUUUCUUCUCUUUCUAAGAUUUCAUCACUUCAUGGAAUGUUUUGUUGUGUUAAUGUUAUGCUAUGCAUGUUUCUCAUGUAUAAUUAGGUCAUUUAUCCAACUCCCUGCUGCGUGAAUAAUAUGUAGGGGGUUUUAUUUUUGUGGCAAAUUUGUGUAACAUAUUAAUUUAUAAGAAAUAUCUAUAGUGAUGAACGAUUAAUCAACGAAUAAAGGUGAUAAAUUUGCAUGAUA